CCUUGUCAGGCUGUUCUCAGUAUCUGUGGAUACAUUAAUCUCAUUAUCUAGAGGAGGAUAUCCCUAACAAGUACACGGCAAGACUUGGCGAAAGAUUUCCCACCUAGCGUAGGUGACAUGCGGAAGACCAUUAUCAGACAGUAAGGGGGACACUAGCUAGGACACUCAUGACGUCACACACUAGCGUCCACGCCUGCUUCUCGUGUCACCUAGAUGCCCGGAUGUGACAUUAAUUCCCCCAGACUGACCGUUGGACUGGGAUAGAGAGCGAGCAGGAAGUUUGUUGGUGCGAUAGUCGCCACACGAGAGCUCGGCAUGCUGGGUGCGGCCAUGAUACGGUUGGCCAGCCACUGGUGUCGUUCAUGGAACUGUCACACAGGACAGGACAGGACAGGACAGGACAGACCCUGCACCUGCACCUGCCACAAGGAGGCUGAUGUGCCACUCAGGUGCCCGGUGCCGUGUCGCCACCAUGUCUGCUCUCUGGCUUUUUGCCGUGUGUUUGUGGGUCUCCUUAGGAGCACCCAGACCUGGACAUACGUUGGAGUCUGUUUGGGCGCAGUGUUCGUGGUGUCACUCAUCGUCUCCGUUGUCAUCUACCUCUACAGGAGACAUCGCUUACGAAAGAGGGACCUCCAAUAUGGCCGCUUUAGGGACCCAGGCAACACCACCACAGUAACUACAAACCAUAUCUAAAGACCCUGCCAACCACAUAAAAGACAGUGGCCUCGAAGAUCACGGGACCUGCAGGCCCAGGCUACCGUCACCAUAGCAACAUCAACUCAACCUCGCCGAUCCUCCAGCCUCCACGUGCUCUUCAUCCAAUACCACGUGACGUGUCAGUUAGGCGGUCCUGUUAGCAGUGAUUGACAGGGUCCCUGCGGUCCUUCACGAUUCCAGAAAAGGUUCGAUCACCAUGGACACGGAUCCUAAAGCAGACGUCCAGGGGUCAGCUGACAUGAAGAGGCUGCCAUGAAGAGCAAUGGAGACAAGACAAGACGUGAUGGACGGCAGACAGCUACCAGUGUACGGGAAAACAGUUAAUAUGGGGGCGGUACAAAACUCUUCUUUCUUAUGUGGACAUUACGGUCAAGUUUAUAUUGCUUUUUAUUUUAUUUUUUUUUCUCUUUUAAGUGAAAGUGAGGAACAUACCUGACUGAGUUUUUUUCAAUACCAAUAAAUAAUUUAGUGUCUAAUUGACAAAUAUAAGC